GGGGGGGGGGAGGCGGCGCCAGCGCGCAUGCGUCGCGGAACUCCGUGAAGUGGUUGGGCGGGUUCGAAGAUUUGCGGCGGCGGUUUAGCAAGCGAGGACGGGGCGCGGCUGCCAGAUUCUUCACCUCCAUAAACAUGUCCAAGCAACAGGCUGCUGAAAAGUUUACAAAUCCAGAAACUCCUGGUUAUGUUGGAUUUGCAAACCUUCCAAACCAGGUUCAUCGGAAGUCUGUGAAAAAAGGCUUUGAGUUCACCCUUAUGGUGGUUGGUGAAUCUGGCUUGGGGAAAUCUACUCUAAUAAACAGCCUGUUCUUAACAGAUCUCUAUCCAGAAAGAAUAAUCCCAGGAGCAGCUGAGAAAAUUGAAAGGACCGUGCAGAUUGAAGCUUCAACAGUUGAAAUUGAGGAAAGGGGUGUAAAGCUCCGUCUAACUGUGGUAGAUACACCAGGAUACGGUGAUGCCAUCAAUUGUCGAGAUUGUUUCAGGACCAUUAUAUCCUAUAUUGAUGAGCAGUUUGAGCGUUACCUUCAUGAUGAGAGUGGUUUGAACAGACGGCAUAUUGUAGACAAUAGAGUUCACUGCUGCUUCUAUUUCAUUUCACCAUUUGGUCACGGACUUAAGCCCUUGGAUGUUGAGUUCAUGAAAGCCAUACACAACAAAGUGAAUAUUGUGCCUGUAAUUGCAAAAGCUGAUACUCUUACUCUAAAGGAGCGAGAAAGACUGAAGAAAAGAAUUCUGGAUGAAAUUGAAGAACAUAGUAUCAAGAUAUAUCACUUGCCUGAUGCUGAAUCAGAUGAGGAUGAGGACUUUAAAGAACAGACCAGGCUUCUGAAGACCAGCAUUCCAUUUUGUGUAGUGGGAUCCAAUCAGCUGAUUGAGGCCAAAGGCAAAAAGGUUAGAGGUCGCCUCUAUCCUUGGGGAGUUGUUGAAGUGGAGAACCCAGAGCAUAAUGACUUCUUGAAGCUAAGAACCAUGCUAAUCACUCACAUGCAGGAUCUCCAGGAAGUUACUCAAGAUCUUCACUAUGAAAAUUUCCGUUCUGAAAGGCUUAAAAAAGGUGGCAGGAAGGUUGAAGAUGAAGAAGUUAACAAAGACCAAAUCUUGCUGGAAAAGGAAGCUGAACUCCGUCGGAUGCAAGAGAUGAUUGCAAGAAUGCAAGCACAGAUGCAGAUGCAGAGGCAUGGUGGAGAAGGAGACAGUGAUGGCAUCCAUGGGCACAAAGUUUAAAUUAUUUGAUACCUUCAUGAAUUACAGCCAUUUGAGACUUGUGACACAGUGGUGUAUUUUGUGAGGAGAGAUGCUUAUCCUGCUGUGACUUGGGAGGUCCAUUCACAUUCAAUGUGCAACUAUAUUGUCAUUUCUGUAAUGCCUCAUUUGAAAACAACUUAAGACAUAGUCAAUAUUUUAAUGUUAUGGUGUAAUGUGAUAGUUUUUUUAACUUUGGUUAUUACUCUUUUACUGAGCUGAUUUUACCACACUGGCUACAAAGAUAUAUAUACUUCCUAGCUAAUAUUUUUCAUCUGACUAUGGAUUACCACUAUUUUGGGUUUGUUUUUUGCACUGAAGGAAUCAACUGAUCAUGAUAACAAUCCUGAGGUCCAAAGUCCACAGCCUUCCCCGAUACCCUAGUGUGGCUAAUGUGCACACAGUUUUAAGACUACUUUAAACCACCAUUCCCACAAGUAUCAUAUGGUUUUUAAUGCUCACAUGAAAGAUCAGUGCUGGGAGCUUUUGCUGGAGAAGACUGUGACUAAAGCCUUGAGUGAACUUUUGGUCCUUGGGAUGCAGUUCUUUGCAUGUAGCUGAUCCAGUAACAAUGUAAGUGACAAAAUGGAAUUCUUCAGUGCCAUUUUUUCUUAUAUUUAGUAGCAUAUAGAACUCUGUGCCUGUAUCACUCCUGCACUGCCCUACCUUUCUAAGGUUUAUAGUCAUUUUUUCAAGUAACUACCGCACAUGAACCUUUUGUGUUUUUAUCUAAGAAAAACCUAUAUAGUUUUUAAAGGCAUUGUGCAGUUUAGAAAGCAAAUUUUAUAAUAUUUCAGGGACUUUGUCUUUAGAAAGGUCAAAUAUUUUUAAAAGUAGCAUGAUAGAUCAGUCUUGGGCACAUACUCUGUAAGUGAAGGGAGAGUCAUGGUUGCCAUAGUCAGGAGAAUGGCUGCUGCUGGCAGCCUCUUUAUCUGCAGCCCCAAAAUGUCCAUGCAUGGGCAUUUGCACUGUGCUUGAAAACAAACACAUCCUUUUAGUUCUUCACCUUAAGGAACAACAGGAACUCUGGGGUGAAUCUGUAGGUUGUGUGCUGACGUCCUGCUCUUGGUUGCUUCCACACCCCGAUUCUGAUAAUCUGAUAUGUUUCAUUUCCUUAUACUGUAAUUUAUACUGUAAUUUGACAGAGUGUUAAGGAGAACAGAGGAAUCUAUUGUUCUUACAUGGGUCUGCAGAUAAUGACAGAUCAAGCUGAAGAUGCACAUACAGAAUAAGCUUAAAAACUUGCUGGUCCCAGCAAGUAGCAAUAAUUUUGAUUAUUAAAAGUAAAGCAGGGAAAUACCGCAUGUGAACUUGGUGGCUUAUUUUGACAAUUCUGUAUAAAUAGAUAUUUGCAGUUUAAAAAAAUGAAGUGAUCCUGCUUAAUCAUUAAAUUGCAUUUUCCCUUUAUCCUAGAGGUAAGAUAAUUGCCCUAAGAAUAAAGAUGCUUGUUCUUGAAGCAAGGCUUCAUUUACUUGGUUUUUGGUAACGGUAACAAGAUCUUACUCUCAGCUUAGUUUUUAUUGCCAUGAGUGAAGGAACAUUCAAAUUGAAAAAAUGUAUGCAGGAGAGUUGCAAAAGGGAAAAAUCUCAUAGUAUGCUACUGGCUUUCUUUAAAAA